CAUGGAAGUGGUGCAUGGAAGUGCAGAUAAAGAGAAAUGGACCUACUGUCGUCACUGCGACGAGUCAAAUUACCGACGGACACGAAGUUCUUGGACAUCGUUCUUGGAUUUCGAUAUAAUUUUACACCUUCGAAGAGAGAAGGAGAAACGCUUUCUGUUCCCCAUUAAUUAAAUCCCAAACUAUCGGUUUCCUGUUAUAUUGUCGUUCAAUACACGGAAGGGAUUCAAUGUCUGUUGGCGUUGUGGCCAAGUGUAUUGUUUUGUAAACAACGACGGAGGACAGAGUUUGGCCUGAAUGAUACAUCGAUUGUCAAUUAACAGCGAUUAAUUGAUAAGCUGGUAGCUUUGAUCACGUAAUACAAGUGGAUUUGAAAGUGCAUCAGUCUAUCAAUAGCGAAUGUUUGCCACCAAAUCAAUGAAGUAUGUUUGGAUCACUGCGUAGCAAGUUUCAGACAGUGCAAGAAGGUAUAUCUGCCAGUAUACGUGGAUUGUCCACCGCUGAGCACCCAAAGAGCAAAAAGUCGGUGAAUACAAGGAAUGUAAAUUAUGAUGCUGGGGCAGACGUUUUGCAUCACUUUCAAUUACAAUGGAAUGAGCUUCAUGAACUUGCCGAGGAGAAUGGAGGAAAGGCACAGGAAGCAGAUGCGCUGAUCUCCUCCAUUUAUGAGAAACUUCAACAUGAGUGGAACAAUGUUACCUGUUUAAAUAGCACUUUAGCCUACAUUCCAAAGAUUAAUAAUGCGAUUCAAGAUCUCAUGGACCAAAUAGGAAAUUUACAAGAAAUGUUUGAGGAAGUUGAAGGAGCUUUGUAUCGAUUGGAGGACCUAAAUGAAAUGUUAGAUUUACAAAAUAGGCAGCUGGAUCACAGAUUCCAGUUGGCUCUUUACAAAGAGAAGAAAUUGAUAGAAUUAAACAACUUGAAAGCAAAGUUAGCUAACGAACACACGGAAAGACUUUCACAACACGAAUUAAAUCAGCAAAAAAAAUUAAGGGAACGACGAGAGACUUUUGAGGAAGCUUUUAAAGAGGAUCUUGAAGAGUACAAAGCAACUGGCUCCAUACCAAUUCGCCAUCUCUUGUUCAAAUCAAGGUUAGUAAUCCAAAUGGCUAACGUAAGCCUGAAAAUAGCAGUUCUAAAAGAACCGCAAAAGAAUGAGCAUUCAAACUAUCUUCUAAGAUUUUUUAACCAAAAAUUUUGACGCCUUUUGAUUGAUUUUUUUCAUUUAUAAUCAGUCUUGUAUAGGGUAAUUUAUAUUUUUCUUCUGUCAGUAUAUGACAUUCUGUUUUUUGUUCCUUGAUAAUCAUCGGUAAUUUUGGGACUUUUUUCAUGCAUUUAAGAAUCACAUUGUUAAUUAUUCUUUGUACUUAUAUUUAAAGCAUUUGUGUGUAUAAAUAUAUUUUAAAGGCAAGUCUUUUUCUAUGUUUGAAUUAAAAGUUCAACUUUUACAUCCAUAAAGUAGCAUAGAAAAAGACGUAGUACCUAAUUAUGAGAAUCCAAAGUUCUAGAUAAAAAUUUUGUAGUUUUUCAUAUAAUAAAAAUAAUGCUACAAUUUUAAUGAUUUUAGUAUGAAUUGCAUCAAUUAUUUUUCUGUCUUUUUUGAGCCCCUAUAGAGCAUGGACUCACUUUUUAUAAUUACAGAAAUAACUUCUGCCAUUUAGUGGCAAUAAAUCCCUUAUUGCCUUUGCAGUAAUAUUAUUGACGAAUAUAAAUGUUUCGCAUUUGUGCUCUCGGUCAAUUUCCCAGAGUCAUAGAUAAAUUUCCCUUACUAAUUUCCCAAAAUCAAAUCCUUUAACUUAUGUGAAAAUAGCUGAAAGCGAUGUCUAAUUGCUUAUUUUUACUUCAACAUUUGCAAGUAUUUCUGCUAUGAAAGUGCUACGUACAUUCCAGGUGGCAAUAUGUCCUAUUGUAUAUUUCGAUCUUAUUGUAGGUUGAUAUUAUAGCGUUUCUAAUGAUAGACGAUGGAAAUAUUCCUAACACUACUCCUCGUUUUAGAAGUGCCCCGAACUGAGGACCAAUUGUCUAUUCUCAUCAGCCAUUAAGAUGACUUGGAAAAAAAGAUAGUAUAGUAAGAGUUUAGUUUCUUUUGUAUGGAGACUUUUCGGUUGUUUCAGCUCCGUUUCCUGAUAUUCGCCACUUUGAAUUCUUUUUGCGUCAAAGUUUGAUUUGGAUAGAACUGCCUUCCAUCAAUUUGUUUUAUACUAUUCCUUAAAAUUGGGUUGCCAUUUUCACCCGUUUUUUUGCCAUAUCGUAAGUUCUCAUCAUUGAUCCGUACUCCUAAAACCCUAAAAAGGGUUUCUAAACAGGUGUCAACUUCCUGGAAAGCCUCUGGAAUCUGCGGGCAGGAAUUUACUUAUUUUCCUUUAUAAGACUGACCUUGCAGUGUUAGUACUCGCUUUUCUAAACCCUUACACUGAUAUUGUUCAGAAAAUCUUAGUAUGAAUCCCAUUCCAAAGGAAUUUAUUUGAACUUUGACAGAAGUUAUAGGUCCCCCCCUCCAAGAAAAUAUAUUAACCCUAGUAGAGUAAAUUUUUACUCAAAUAUUAAUUCAAGUUUACAUAUAGUUUUUAAAAUUAAAAUUUUAUCUUAAAAUAACAUUUAAAAAGAUUUUAUUUAUAUCUAUUAAAAUAAUGUCAGGUCAGUUAAUCUAACACCCUGCUAUCUAUAAAGUAAAAAAAGAGUAAAAAUAAAAGAAUAGUAAAAAAUAGAAAAAAAUUUAAAUUGUAAAAAAAUUCUUAACUUUGUAGGUAAGUUUUUAACCAGUAGUGUUAAUAUAAGAAAUAUAUAAACAGCACUCCAGAAUUAAUGGAUUUCAAAAACAUUCACGGUUAUUGUGCAAUUUUAAAUUAAACAUUGAGUGCAAUUUGAAUUGAUAAUUUUUAAAAUAUUAUUUACUAUCUAAUUAAGUUUGCUUGUAUAAUGUAUUUUUAUAUUUAAUAUAUGUAUAUUCUUUUUAAAUUACAUAUUAAUAAAACUAACAGGUUCUAUUGAAAUUGUUUUAUCCAUUUCAUUCUGUUUCAUUAUAAGAGAUAACAAUUUUUCAAUUUUAACAAUUUUUUAAUUGUUAUUCUAAAUCUAAUUUGAUUGUCUGUUUCAAAUUUAGAGCUACCAGUUUCUACAAAAGGCCCAUCUUUAGAUGAAAUAGUGUUGGACAUUGAUUCAAAAAUAUUUGACGAGUUUUUAGAAAAUUAAAGGCAGAGAAGAGUCAGGUUUGUAUUCGAAAGUGUUACCAGUAAACUUUUUUAUUCGAAGAUGGCGUAUAUACGACGAAGCAUUUUUAACUGCAUUACUUACAAUUAGAUAUUAGGGCUGUGACUCGGCAAAAAAGGACCGACAGAAGAGACAUCUUUUAAAGAUAAAAUUCUAUUCUAAGAGAUUACUGCAAAAAUACUGCAAAAAUCAUAGUAUAAUCAGGAGAAUUGCCUGCAUCUUUCUAAAGAACAAUUUUUGGAAAUAACUAGCAAAAUAAUUUGUUUCAAUAUUUCACUUGAUCAGUACUAUAGCUAAGAGUAGACGAUCUUUAUUUAUUGUAAUAUUUUAAGGAUCAUCAUAAAUUGUAAAUUUUGCUCUUUAGAAAAUUUCGCAGCAUCAUCAAAACAGCAUCAUAAACUAAAAAAUAAUAAGACCCAUGGCAAAAUAUUGCUUUUAUGUGACAAAAUAUAUUUGAUUAUUAUUAUAUCUGCAUCACGAAUAAGGGGAGUAGACAUAAUAUUAAUUAUAAGUACCAUUAAAAACAAAAUCUGAUUUUCAUUUGUAACUUUGUAGAAAAUAAGCUAAAAAAAUCUGAUAGCUAAUUAUUUCUUUUAUAAAACGAAAUAUGUCUAUUGUAAAUGAGAUGUAAAUAAGGUGAUUUGUCACUCCUGUCGACCCUUAAGCUUUUUAAUGUGAAAAGUAUUUAAAAAAUAAUGAAAAGUUUCUCAUAUGCUUCCAAUUUUUCCAUCAAAUGCCUAAACUGACUUUUAAAUUUCGUAAAAUUUUGUAAUCCUCACAAAUGUAAGUAUAUUUUGCGAAUUAUUA